AUGUCUUCAGAUCAACAACGACUCAACUCCGCUUAUCAACAAUGGUAUCUUCAAAGCCAACAAACUCAACAAGGUUAUCCCCUUCAUCCUGAAAGAGCCAUUCAAACCGAACAAGAACUUCGACAACAAGGUGCUAUUCAACAUGUCGCUCAAAUUCGAGCGCAACAACAACAAACGGCAGCUGAACAAGCUGAAAUGGCGAGAAUGUCAGCUGCUCAAGCUGAACAACAAGCAAGAAUUAUGCAACAGGUCGCACAACAACAACAGGCGAUGGCUCAACAAGCUAGAAUGCAGGCGGAACAACAAAUGCGGGCGGCGCAGCAGAGUCAGAAUCCCGAUCCGUCGACCAAACUGCAUCAGUGGGCGCAAGGGCAUAAGGUGAAAGUCGGUCAUUGGCGUGGAGUCCAACUGCUAAUUAUCAACUUCAAAAUGUCCGAAUCCGAUCUCCUUGAACAACUUCGAAAAACACAUGAUAUGGCUCAACAAGAAGCCAACUAUUGGACUCGCGCUGCGGAGGAAUUAUCAAGACAAAUCCAACAUACUCAAGAGACUAUUAGUCUCAAGACUGUCUUGUCCUCCUCACCCAUCUCUCUUACUGCCCAACGAUCCAAAGUCAAUCAAGGAAGUUUGAAAAGUAUUCUUCGUCGACCCUCUCAGACAUCGUCUCAUCCUACCUUCUCCGAGCCAUCCUCAUUCGACAACUCCAUCUCGUAUAGACCUUCGAAUCCUGUGAAAAGUAUAGAGGAAGUCAAAACUCGACCCACUAUCUCCAGAUCGUACGAUUCGGAAGAAGGAAGGACUUUGGUAGAGGCCGCUAAGCUUAAAAGAGAGAAAGAAGCUGAGCAAGCUCGAAGGAUUCAGUAUGACAUGGGUUUGGAGGGAAAAAAGGAGGAGAAAGAACGAAAAGACGGGAAAGAAGAAGAUUUCAUGUCGGAUGAAAUGAGUUUGGGGGAUAGUGGAUAUUCUGAGAUAUUAAUGAGGAGACUUGGUAUGGAAGAGGAUGAAGAGGGAGACAAGAAUUUUUGGGUGGGUCAUAAUUCAGACCCUCCGAGUUCGGGUAUGAGAGCUUGA